AUGGGGGAACCUGAAUGGACCAGUUUUCCAAGCCAGCCUCUUCUGGGGAAGCGCAAAAGAAAUAUGAUGCCUGAGACGUUGGAGAAGAAAAGACAAGACCAUUUAGCCAAGGCCAAGCAGAGACAUCGUGACGGAACUGCACUUCCUAUGAGGCUGACCAGCUGCGUUUUCAGGAGGCCAGUCACAAAGAUAACUUCUCAUCCUGACAAUGCGGUCAGGCGCCGUCAAUGCGAGGGGACCUUGGAGAAGCCCCAACAAGUCUGUGCAUUCAGGAGACUGCAGGGGCUCCAGGUCUACAGCCCUGAAGGAGAACAUUUCAGCACGUUGGACAGCACAAUUAUUUUCGGAGUAAUUGCCCUGCGUGGUGCAGGUGAAUCCCUGGGCCGUGCUGGUGCCAGGUCUCUGCACACCAGCCCUGAAGCCAUCACUACCCAGUUUUCAGACGGGGCAGAGAUGAUCCCAGGAUUGGGUCUCUUCCUCCCACAGACCCUCUGCAGGCAACGAGUAGCAUAUGCAGAUAUUCGCCGACAGUCUCGGAAAGUGAAAGGAGCAAGGGAGAGACUGGAUAUGGCCUUGAGGGCAGACAGGCUUGCCAGGGAGACAGAGAGAGCCAGGAGCCCUGAGAACUAG